GUCUGGCCGUGGCCAUCCCCAGUUCUCCGCCGAGCAAUCAUCCCGGCUCUGGGGGAGAAUGGCCGAGUGCACGGAAGCAGUGGGGAACAGGGGAAGCAUUUGCACCCCGUUCCUCUGACUGCAAAUUCACCGCCUCCCUCCAGCCUGAGGGGGGGAGGGGCUGGGGCUGUCCUUGAAGGGGCUUGAGCUAUCUCUGGCCCAUUCCUUCCUCGUCUCAUCCCGCUGAGGCUCCGAGCGGACCGAGGGUGCGGGUCCGCCCGCCUGUGCGUGCCCCCAUACUGGAGAGAGGAGGAGGAGAGGGGGCUGAGAGCUGGGCUCCAGGAAGACGCCCUGCUGGCCAAGGUCAGAACAUGAAGCUGGCCAUCAGAAAUAGACCACCACCCUCUGUCUAAAGGACUCUCCUUGGAGGACCAAGCCAGCAUCCAUGCAGCACUGACCCUGGAGGACGGACCGCAGGCGGACGCGUGGGACCCAGCACCACGGUCCGUGCUGCCCUGCGUUGGUACUGAGGGCAUUUCCUUGGUUGUGUUGGCAGCAUGCCUUCCUUGACAAAAGUCCCAACUGUGCCACCAGAGGAGAAGCUCAAGGGGAAAUCUCCUGCCCCUGAGGACAAGCCCAAGGGGAAAUCCUUGUUUGGCCUGGGCUCCCUCAUUGGGAAUCGGAGUGAGAAAAUUGUCAUUGCGAGAAGCGAUAGCGCCCCCGAUGAGAAUGUCCUGAAGAUCACCAUCACAGAGACCACGGUCAUCGAGUCAGACUCAGGCAUAUGGAAUUCACACGCUCUCCUCUACCUCACCCUGUGGUUCUUCUUCAGCUUUUGUACUCUCUUUCUCAACAAGUACAUCUUGUCCCUGUUGGAAGGCGAGCCCAGCAUGCUGGGAGCCGUGCAGAUGUUUUCCACCACAGUGAUUGGCUGUAUUAAGAUCUUUGUUCCAUGCUGUUUAUAUCAGCACAAAGCACGCCUGUCCUAUCCAUCUAAUUUCAUCAUGAUAAUGAUAUUUGUUGGACUAAUGAGAUUUGCGACGGUGGUCUUGGGGCUGGUUAGCUUGAAAAAUGUGGCUGUCUCGUUUGCUGAAACGGUGAAAAGCUCGGCUCCUAUCUUUACGGUCAUCAUGUCCAGGAUGAUUUUAGGAGAAUACACUGGACUGCUGGUGAAUCUAUCCCUUAUCCCCGUCAUGGGUGGGCUCGCGCUCUGCACAGCUACUGAAAUCAGCUUCAACGUCCUGGGGUUCUCUGCAGCCUUGUCCACUAACAUCAUGGACUGUUUGCAAAAUGUAUUUUCCAAAAAGCUGCUCAGUGGGGAUAAAUACAGGUUUUCUGCCCCAGAACUUCAGUUCUAUACCAGUGCUGCUGCUGUGGUCAUGCUCAUUCCAGCUUGGAUCUUUUUCAUGGAUAUGCCAGUGAUUGGAAAGAGUGGAAAAAGUUUCCAUUACAAUCAAGAUGUCAUCUUGCUGCUUCUCAUGGAUGGCGUCUUGUUCCACCUUCAGAGUGUCACAGCCUAUGCCUUGAUGGGAAAGAUCUCCCCUGUCACUUUCAGCGUGGCCAGCACAGUGAAGCAUGCGCUGUCAGUCUGGCUGAGUAUUAUUGUGUUUGGGAACAAGAUCACCAGCCUGUCAGCCAUUGGGACGGUUCUGGUGACCAUCGGCGUGCUGCUCUACAACAAAGCCAAGCAGCAUCAACAGGAGGCCAUGCAGAGCUUCGCUGUGACUGCCAGUCCCACCUCCCCUGAGGACACGGAACCACUGAUCACCAAGGACUCCAAGCCGUACAACUGACCCUAGUCUGCCAUCCUGCCCACCAGCGUCCAGCCCUGGUGUCUCGUGGGAGCUGCUCUUUCCUCACUGUUGAUGUGCAGAUGGGGACUGGGGAGGGGGCAGGCAAGGCAGCUGGAAUGUGAGGAAGCCACAUGCUCCGAUGCAAGAGGCGUGUACUUCUCCUGACACGAGAACCACGGCAGGACGUGAUACAGGGCAAGAGACCUGAGCGUCAGCACCCUGGAGAGGGGCAGCUUCAACUCAGUACUGUCCCCAAAGUAAUGUGAAACAAACAACGCCCUGCCACUGCCUUUGAACUUCUGCUGGGGGCUGGAAUGGGGUGCCAUACAGAAAACAAGCGCCAUCGCCCCGCUUCCGUGGAAGCAGCCCAGGGCUUCCUGGGGAUGAUGAUGGGGACCCGUGGAAACAGAGCUGGAGAUCCAGGUGCCCAGGUGAAUGUUCCCUGCAACUACUGCCCAUGGGAAUCACCGAACUUCCCCAUCACAGAAAACAGAGAAUCCAGGAGAGGCUUGAGUCCUCUGAUUCCUUCACGUCCUUAAGUGGAAAAGAAACCGAGACUGACAAAUCUCAUAGAUGAUCACCCCGGGGGGGUUCACGACAUUUCUUUUUCCUUCAGAAUCUGCGAUAAGCCUUCAGCCCAAAAGGAUGCCGCCAGCGCUGCUGAUGGGCCAGCAAUAGCAAAGCUGGUUGUGCCGGGGACCACAGGUUUGCUGAGGUAACAGUGGCUCUCUGUGGAACGUGGCAGUGGACACAUGUUGACACAUACCUUACCCACCCUUUUUCCACUGGCUCUAAAGGGGAAGAUUGGGGGCAGGGACCCAGAGUGGGGUCCCUGCUGUCAGUACCUCCACAUUUUGCCUUUUUUUAAAAAUUUCACAACCUGUGUAUUAAAACAACAACCAACCAACCAGUGAUAUGUCACAGCGUGAAAUAUUUAGAAAAAGGGGUCAUUUCACAGGCUUACUUUAAAUUAUGGAGUGCAAUAAGUCCCUCCCCUGACCCCCUCGCCCCAAGCUCUUUAGAAAAUAGUGUUGUCCUCUCAUGCCGAAGGGGUUUCCCUUCACACCCUCUUUGCCAGCCAUGCCCACCUGAUUAUUAAUGCCAGCUGCCCCUGCCUCUCGAUGCUGUGGGUGAGGAGUAGAACAUCAACUGACGGUUAAUUCCCUGCACUGGCUGAUUUAAAACAGAAUGUCUCCUACCUUGUAAUUGUUUGGGAUCUUCUUUUUGUUUUUCAGUUUAGUGUAAUAUAGCUCUAAUGCUGGGUGGUUUCUUUCUUUCUUAGCAUUGAUGGGGUUAAAACUGCAGCUCCCUGCCCCCUUCCCCACCUUUGCCACUCAUUGACUUUAUGAAGAUUUUAAUUUUCUUUUUCUACAUAAGUUGAUGAGUAGAGAAAGAAAGCUGGUAAAAGGUGUUAGUGUUUACAUUUUUGGUUAAAAUAAACUGUUUAAAAUGAUACUGUACUUAAAAAACCCCAUCUAACAAUGGAUAGAUGGGGUUUAGAGCAGAUUUCAGGGAAUAAAAAACUGUGCUCUGUGGGUAAAGCUAGAAUCUUAACUAACAGCUUGUCUUACUCCUGUAGCUCCGAGUGGCCUAAGGAAGGACCCCAACCUCUCAUGCGAUUCCCUUCUGUUUAUGAGGUGGCCCCAUCUUAGAACAUCUUGUCUAAAAAGUCUGCGCCAUGAACCAGAAGUUUCAGAAAUUGGUUCAGUAUUCCACCACCUCCCCUGAUGGUGCCUUUCCUAGUGUCUGUUGACAUCCCUGGAGCUGUUUGUAAGUUGAAUUGUCAGAGAGAGACAGAUGAAGUUACUUUGGAAUGGGGUGGUGGGGAGAGAAUUGACCUCUUUUCCAUAACCUGACCUUAAUGAGCUUGGGAGGGGGGGCAUUGGAUGGGGAGGUGGGAGUGGCAGAAGUGUUGGCAAUGUGUAUUAUUGUAGCACUUUUUAAAAAAAAUAUUCUUCAGAUUGAAGUUUUGGGUUUUGAUGAUGGUGUAAAGUGGCAUUCUGUCCCCAUUUUUAACCUGGGAAAGGAAUGGGGAAAGGGAUUUCCCAUAAUGUGAGUUUUUAGGUUUCUCAUGCU